AUGUCUUUCCACCACAGUGCAUGUGAUAUUCGUCUGAGAGACGAGCCCGGUUGCACGUUUUUGUCUGCAAUUUGCAACAACGAUGAGGGUAGUGGUCUGGCCGACUAUAUCCCUCUCGAUGAAUGUCUUGGAAAUGAAAAUGGUCAUUUCAGUUGGGGUGGGAGAAAUUUCAGCCAUGAUGCACGGAAUACUACCCUUGCAACCCAGGGACCAGAUAAAACGCCUGUCCUCCAUUCUGAUCUCAGGAACUCCUCUGGUGAUUUUGUACCCAGCGAAAUUGAUCUGGCUACACACAUCGCCAACAUCGACGGCCAGCUUGUUUACUUGUGCUAA